CACCCUUUGUUCAAUCCCGCCAGACCUUGUACUCGGUUCGUCGUCUUUCGGAGUGAACCCCUCCUGGCGGACCGGACUUGGUCGCUCGCGGAAUCAUACGUCGUGGCUAAAUGAAAUCUCUUCACGUCGCUGGUCCGUUCGUCCUCCCACUGCUUUGUUUGCUUAUCGGGUGUGCAUUCUUCGUCGCCACUGUAUGUCAUUUCGAGUGCAAUCAACAAUCGAUCCCUAUCCCGGACAAUGUAUCGCAUUGGACGCGAAUGGCAACAAUCUACAAUGCCAUUUCAUCGAGAACGCGAUGUCCCUCCCAUCGUGCCGUGGUAUGUCACCAUUUCGCGGAUCUUCCAGUGGCAUUGGCGGUUACUGCAAGUGCGCUCAUAGCAGCCCGUAGACGUGCAAUACAUUCUUGCUUGUCCUGCCCUUGUCCCUCAGAUUCUAGCUCGCUAGCCGCUGCAUCAGCAAGCCUCCCAAGACGAUCUGGCAUGUUUGCGUGCAUGCUGCACGGUUGUUGAAAAUAUCCUCCCGACCUCUUACCGCACCUGUGCGGCGGUGACAGCCCGAAUUUCUGACACCUUGCCCGCAGCGCUACGAUGGUCUUCGCCUGGCACCUUUGAUUAUAAUUGCCUGCUGCACC